AUGAGUGGUGCAUCAGAAAACCCUAUUCAUGACAGUACUGAAGGUAAGGCUUCUUCUUCUUCUUCAUCAACAACGUUGAAACUCUUUGGUUUUCCAUUAAACCCACCAGGUUACAGAGAGAUUCACGUGGUGGCAGCAAGCACCGCCGUUUCUCCUCCUCAUUGCCUUUACAAGAGAUUCAAGUGCCACUUCUGCUACCGUGAAUUCGCCAAUUCACAAGCUCUCGGUGGCCACCAAAACGCUCACAAGAGAGAACGCCAGAAAGCUGCUCUCUCACCCUUCGGUUACUUUCGCUACCAUCAACGGCUCGUACCACCGAACGGAGGAUCAAGGCCGUUGGUUGGUCCACGUGACCGGGCUCAGCGACCGUGGCUCUCGUGGGACACUGAUGAGAGAGGUUAUCAUAGGGUUGGGUUAGUGAGGCCAAUGGGUGCAAGUGCAAUUAGCAUUGGCACAGUGAAGGAAGUACACAAUAUUAUUGAUGAUGAUGAUGAUGAUGAUGGUGAUGGUGAUGGUGAUGGUAAUGGUGGUGUUGAUCUUAGCUUGAGUUUGGCUAACAAUACAACUUUCAAUUUUAGGGACAAGGAAUUUGGCAGGUGUAAGAGAAGUUGA